AUGUCGGACCCGUACGAGAGAGUGAAAGGAGGUAGACUCUCCUUCAAGGGUGGCGAAGUUGCCGUUUCUAGUAAAGCCAUCGCCAAGAGAAAGAAGAAGAAGAAAUCGAAACUGUACGACGGCGACGUGGCGCAGCCGCUGGAAGGCGAAGUUACGGCUGGCGAUGGCGAUGCUUCAGGGGAAGUCUACACAAUUGACGCCGCGAGGAAGAAGAAGUACGAUGAUCUCUUCCCAGUCGAGGCUAAGAAGUUCGGUUACGACCCUAAGGCGAAGGAGAAGAAUGUUGAGGACGCUCUCGACGAUCGCGUCAAGAAGAAGGCCGAUCGUUACUGUAAAUGA